UUGAGCAGCUGUUUGGGCUAGUGUUAGAGGGUUUCAGCGGGUGUUUGAGGGGGGGUUUGGGCCGGUGUUUGAGUCGGUGUUUGGGCCGGUGUUUGGGUGUUUGACGUGGCGCAGCAUCACAGUAGGAGUGAGUUAACGCGCCGCUCCGGCUCCGGCUCCGGCUCGGUGAGGUAAUCAGCCCGGCGAUUCCCAAAAUGGCGGAGCGGCAGAGAGAAGACCAGGGGGAUGCAGAGAGUGAAGACGAAGCCUACGAGGUUGUGGACUUGACGGAAUAUGCACGCAGUCACCAGUGGUGGAGCAGACUUUUUGGGAGUAACUCUGGGCCCAUUGCUGAGAAAUACUCGGUGGCCACUCAGAUCAUGAUGGGUGGGGUUACUGGCUGGUGUGCUGGAUACCUUUUUCAGAGGGUGGGAAAAAUCGCUGCUACUGCAGCAGGUGGAGGAUUUCUGUUACUGCAGAUUGCUAAUCACAGCGGCUAUGUGCAAGUGGACUGGAAGAAAGUGGAGACAGAUGUGAACAAAGCCAAGAAACAGCUUAAAAAGAAAGCCAACACAGCGGCUCCGGAAAUAAACACCUUUAUUGAAGAGGCUACAGCGUUUGUGAAGAGGAAUGUGGUGGUCUCCAGCGGGUUUGUGGGGGGGUUCUUGUUGGGUGUUGCCUCCUGAGCUAAACAGUUAAAAUCCUGUGGAUCAGACCGACUCUAAAGCUGUGAGAUGAUCUGUGCGGGAUCUCGCGGUGCUCUCUCGCUCUGCUGUUCUCUGAUUUUGCCAAUUAAUGGAGUCUGCUGCGCCUCCUGUCUGGUCUAGACUCUGUGCUGUGGAGGACUCUGAGGUGGAGGUUUAUCUUUACAUUAAAACUACUUGAAACUACCUUUUCAUUCAGCGAACACACACACACACACACACUCCCCACUUUUUAAUAUCGUGUGAUCGGAAACUGUGUUAUCAUACUUCUGUAUUACUUAAGUUACAUGUAUGUAAAGAAUAAAUGAAAUAAAUGUGAAAUGUUCAUCUGU